AAACUGAUUCGUUUCCUAUUUUGUUUAUUAUUUAAUUGUCAAUUUUAAUUAAACAAUUAACUAAUUGUAAUCUAAGGUCUUUUAAAAAGCAUCUUUAUAAUUCUAACCUUAACUGUUUACCUUUCUUUCAGUUUCUUAUCUGAUUUUGUUCUGUGUCUAAUUUAUCGCUUCUCUUUCUCUAUUCUCUAUUCUCUCUUUCUCCUUCUCUCUUUUUCUCUCCAUCAUCAUCAUCAUCAUCACCAUCAUCAUCAUCAUCAUCAUCAUCAUCAUCACUACAACAACUAUUAACAUCAUCAUCAUCAUUUUUUCCUAUUAUUAUUAAUCUAUUCUCCUUCUCUAUCUCUAUUUCUUUGUUAUCUAUCUUUUCUAUUAUCUGAUAAUCUCUCUGUGUUCGAUAUAUUUUCUCUCUCUCUCUCUCUCUCCAAUUCUAUUCCUAUUUCCAUUAAAUCUCUAAUCACCAAGAUGGUUGUGAUUAAUGGUGUAACUUGUAUCUUGAAACAUCCCUCUGUGUAUGAGCGACACUGCGGUGUAAACAACUAUUAAAUCAACAAACCAACUUCAACUAAAAAAGAACCUUCUUCUUCCAAUGUAUCAGUUAUAUCAAUUUAAUAGAGAAUCAAGUUUGAAUUUUAUUUUUCCACAUAUCUGAACGUGAUGUCUAACAUGGCCUACAAUGAGAGGCUUGAUCCCGAGCAAAUAUUUACCAAACAAGAACGUAUCGGUAAAGGUUCUUUUGGUGAAGUAUUUAAAGGUAUCGACAAUCGGACCCAGCAAGUUGUUGCCAUUAAGAUAAUUGACCUUGAAGAAGCUGAAGAUGAAAUUGAAGAUAUUCAACAGGAAAUUAUGGUUCUAUCUCAAUGUGAUUCACCUUUUGUUACUAAAUAUUAUGGAUCAUACUUGAAGGGAACUAAAUUAUGGAUCAUCAUGGAAUAUCUUGGCGGAGGCUCAGCCUUAGAUCUAAUGAAAGCUGGUAACUUUGAAGAGAAUUUGAUCGCUGUUAUCCUCAGAGAGGUUCUUAAAGGAUUGGAUUACUUACAUUCAGAAAGAAAAUUGCAUAGAGAUAUAAAAGCUGCUAAUGUUUUACUCUCAGAACAAGGAGACGUUAAACUGGCUGAUUUUGGAGUCGCCGGACAAUUGACUAACACCACCAAUAAAAGGAAUACAUUUGUAGGAACUCCUUUUUGGAUGGCUCCUGAAGUUAUAAAACAAUCUAAUUAUGACUCCAAGGCUGAUAUUUGGAGUCUUGGGAUUACAGCAAUAGAACUGGCAAAAGGAGAACCACCUAAUUCAGAUUUACAUCCGAUGAGAGUUCUUUUCCUUAUACCCAAGAACAAUCCACCUCAGCUAACAGGAAAUUAUAGUAAACAAUUUAAGGAGUUUGUCGAAGCUUGUCUGAACAAGGACCCGGAAAACAGACCAUCAGCUAAGGAGCUUCUUAAAUUUCCAUUCAUCCGGAAAGCCAAGAAAAAUUCUCAUUUGAUUGACUUAAUAGAAAGAUACAAACGCUGGAAAGCAGCGGGCGGUGGUCAAAGUGAUAGCGACUCUGAAGCCUCUGAUUCUAGCGACGAUUCUAGAAAUAACAGUGAAGGUGAUAGUCUAAAUUGGGAUUUAACCAUUAGACCACAAAUCAGUCCAUUUAUUUUAAGUAAAUCAUCGGUUACAGCAAAAGAUUCUGAGGUGUCAUCAAUUUCCAAUUCACAGAAGGAAACUAUUCCUUCGUCCGUUUCGUCUUUCGUUUCUUCAUCUUCAUCUACAUCCUCUUCUUCCACACCUUCCAAUAUCGCCAAGUCUCAGGUCAAUGGUGUUUCUAAGGUAGCUGCGAAAGUGAAUGUCACUCCAAAGAAAACAGUUGACGUUAAAUCGAAGCCCAAAAAUGGUGAUGCUAAAAAUGGCAAUACACCUAAAAAUGUUAAAGAACCAAUUAGAGAUGAAAUAUCUGCUGUUAAAUUGUCAAAGGAUAAAUACCGUCCAAAAAGUCCUACAUCAACAUCCUCUUCAUCCUCUUCAUCUUUAACAUCAUCUUCGAUACCCUCAAUUGAUAGUAACUCAUCUAAAAAUAGUAAUUUCAAUAAUUCUUCAUCACCAUCAACCUCAUCACCUGUAAGGGACCAUCGUAUGAAACCAAACCCGUUAGUACAAUAUUCAGAUAAAUAUGAUUCUGAUAAACGUGAAAAAUAUAGUAUUACGGACAAUCCAUCCUGCUCCUAUGUUAAUCCAGUGUUACCUGUUAACCGUAAAUCACCUGGACGCACAGAAAAAGAAAUAGACCAAGUGACCAGUAAAUUAGAAAAAUCCAAUCUAUCAAAAUCCUCUCCUUACACGACAAUGAUUCUUAAUCCAGUUUUUAAUGAGUUGAAAUUAAAAUAUACGAGGAAUAGUAUGGGAACAAAGAGUAAUAAAGCUGAUACAAUUGAUGAACUUCGACGAGCCUUUGAUCUUGCAGAGAAAAUUUAUCCUGGAGUUAGUGAAUUUUUUGUCAAAGAAGUUUUGACAAGCUUAACUAAUCGUUCAAUUGAUGUUACCUCUUCAUCUUCAUCAGGAAAAUCAGCUUCAUCAUCAUCAUCAUCAUCAUCACCAGCAUCUCGCAAUCAAAGCAACAUUAAAAAGAUUGUCUCUUCACCAUCUCACUCAACAUCAUCAUCAUCAUCCUCCUCUGUUGCCUCUUCUCCUUCAUCUCAUUACCCACCUCGUCCUGUUGUACCAAACCCAGUUUAUAACAAGACUCCUCUUCGUGGUAAUGACAAUUACAUGUAAAAUAUUUAUAAACUAAGAUUGAGCAUCAAAAACCACAAGCAGUUAAAAAAAAGCAACAACUGCAAAUCUACUCAGCGACAUUAAAACAAUGGCAAAGACAAAGAACAAGAGAAAAAUGUGUUUAUCAUCGUUUAUUAGGGAAACACACAUAGGCAACACGCUGAGAAUAACAGAAUAUUAAUAGAAGACAAGAAUUCACUAAUUGUUGUUCUCUUCAUGGUGGUGACAAAAAGCACGAGAAAAUAACUUCUACCAUAUAACUUUAAUCACGAUGGACUAUCCUCCCUCCAUUUUCUCAAUUAAAGAAAAGAAAAUUGAUUUAUUUAUUUAAUCAGUGAAUUUGCAGUCGAACUUGAUUUCAUCGUCAACAAUUGUAGUGAAAAUCAACAAGAUUUUAAGUGAAUUAUGUGAAUAUCCAUUUUUGCCUGAUGAGAGAAAAAUUUAUCACUAAAUUGCUUAAUUGUGGUACAAUAACAAACAACAUGGUCAAUUCAUGAAUGUGUAUAAAGAAAUUAAUCAAAAUAACAAUUCCAAGGCAACUUAUUUUGAACCUUUAUUAUAAAUACAUUUAAUAACAAUUACAA